UUCAUUCCCUCUGGGGCACCUGGCAUUGGCCACUGUCGGAAGGCAGGAUACUGGGCUAGAUGGACCUUUGGUCUGACCCAGUCUGGCCAUUAUGUUCUUAUGGAUCCUUUGCUGGGGACUCUCAGCACUACCAGAAUACAAAAUGUAUAACAACACUCUGAAGAAAAGCUCUGGAUUGAUCUGAACCAGACCUCCAUUUUACCUCUUCAAAACACAGAAACUCCACUGCCCUGAUUCUGCCAUGGGAAAAUCCCUACUCUAAAGGUGUGGUCUUUAAAAGGGUGGGGGCAUGGAGUGAUCUCUGAGGUAAUGAACAACAUGGAAUUAGAAAGGCAAACAUCACAAAAGCAUGGUUGUAAAUGAACACACCGUGGCAUCCAGAUCCUGUGCACCAUUUCACAAAAGCCAGGAGGUGGUGCUGCUCCAACAGGAACCUACAGAAGGAGAGAGCGAGCAGUUAUGAAAGGUGGCAUUGCCAGCAACAAGUGUUCCACAAUAGGAAGCACUAGUGGGCAGACGAGAAGAGUUACCCCUUGGCACACCUGCUUCAAGGUGGGGAUGUGGGGCUGGUUAAAUUCUCCUCACACUUGCCCUAUUUUAAACCCACACAAAGCACCAGCCUGACAGCUCGGAAGACUGAAGUUGCCAAGCUAGCUACAGAGCACAGACAGCAGCAGUGCAAGCUUCCGCCAAGUUGCCUCUUGCCAAUGCAUCUUACCGCCCAAGCCUUAGUUGGAGAGGCACCAGGAGACGCUGGGCCUCUGAUCAGACUGUUGACAAGAGACAAUUACAGUGCAGUAGGUGAGGUGGACAGUUUUCCCCCAGGAAACUGGCUGAAACUCACCAGCUACCAACUGGCUAUCAGCUAUUUGGUCAAUAUCAGCUUGGACUGGAUAUGAAUGCAUCACCAUUGGUCUAGCUUCCAUUCCUAAUUACCUGAACCAGCCAUUCUCCACUUGCUAAUUGAAACAGGAGAGUUUUUAAUUUGAAGACUCCUCUCAGCUUCCAAAUGAGUAUUGCAUAUUUGUUACUAUUCUCAUUAAUGGUGGCAAUGACUCCUUACGUCUCCAUAGCACCAGAGCUCACAAGCAUCCGUCAGCACUCUGCUGACGUGGUAUAUAAAUAAGGAUAGUUUCCCUCGCCCCUGGGAUGCAGCUGCCUCUGGGGUUGAAUCCUCAUAGCCAUUGUGCACCAGUAACUGGACAUGUCUCAGGAGAGAAAGUGAAGAAAAACUGAUUCCAUUGAAUGUUUGGAGGAAUUUGAGAUCAGCUGAGUAUACCUGGGGAACAGGGGUAUCAGAGGAGGCCCUGUGUUUUAGGUAUGGUUUUUGGAUGGAAACAUAGUUGCUUCUGAGGAAUUCUAAUGCAAUUCACUGCAGCACUGAAGGCAUUAGGGCCCUGAGUUUUACACUGCCUCUGAAACCCUGUUGAGCACACACAGCUCAGGGAGCCUGCAGGAAGCUCAGACUGAUAGACAAUUGAGCAAUGGGAUCUUCUGCAAAGCGUUAACAUGUGAAUGGGAUCCUGACCUCGCCUCACUUAUUGUAGAGCCGUCGCUGGGACAGUGUUUGUGCAAACCCCUCCAGCAUGAAGUGUGUUCCUGUGUGUGACUGGAAAAUGACCUGCUGAGUUAUGCUGCUCUGUCACAUUCAAUAUGCCACUGGGCUUCAUAAUCCCAAAAGACUGAGAAAAAUGGGGAGGGCUGAUCCCUUGCAAGGAGAGGCUGGUCUUUUUCCAUCACAUGGAUUGUCCACUAGAUCUGACCUUGGGUGAACCUUGAAGCUUGUUGAUGAGAUGGAAGGAGUGAGAGGGACAGGACAGGGAUAUAAAGGAAACAUUAAUCAUGCAUUCACAUGGCUGUUUGGGUUUAAAUUUACACCCUAGGCAACUUUUAGAGGUGCCUUUCCCUGGGAAUUGCAUACAACAUAGAGAUAACUCAGUCUGGAGAAAAGUGCCUGCCACAGGUAGGAGAUUCCUCCUUUCCCCUCUGGAAGAGUCAACAGUGAAUUAAAUGCAUUGAUUUUUUUCCUCUUUUACUUAGGCUUAGCAAAUCCUAACCCCUCUGUUAUGCAUUUUAGCCCCUGAGGGAGAACCUGAGCAUAUCAGACAGUCCCCUUCACACCACGGUGCAUAGGGCAUGUCAGCAAAUGAGAGACUUCAGUUUUUUAGAACAACAUUUCAUUGUGCUCUCUGUUAUGCCUGCAGAAACAAUGUAUUCUGAACCCAGCAGCUCUUCCUUAUUGGCAAUGUUGCCCUGGCUACUGUGUUCACGUCACUCAUAAUAUUCUGGCUGUGCUGAAAGCCUCGGCAUUUCUGUCAUUCCAGCUUCAAACGCAUGAAAAGCAGGAGACAGGCAGAGCAAGGGGACUGAAAUUUUAUCUACUAACAGGACAAAGCGGAUACAACGUUGGAAACUUUGGAAGAAAAGAUGUCCGGUGGGAUUUUCUCGCCUUUGGAAAACCUCUGCAACCUGGAUAAUGCCAACUGCCACCCCCUGGUAUGUUUCCUGUGCCAUGAGCAGUAUGAGCAUCCCUGCCUCCUGGACUGUUACCACAACUUCUGUGCCAGCUGCCUGCGAGGCCGGGCAAUAGACAGCCGCCUCACCUGCCCUCUCUGUGGUCAUCAGUCCAUAGUGAAAGGAAACAAUGGGCUCCCGCCUGUCGACAGACUCCUGAAGUUCCUGGUGGAUAGCUCUGCAGACUGCGAGGAGGAAGUUCAGUGUGCAAACUGUGACCAGGAGUGCAAGAAACAGGAAAUGGACACCAUGUAUUUCUGCAACACUUGUAACCAGCCCCUCUGCAGCAAGUGCCGUGAAGAGACCCACAAAGCCAAGAUGUUCUCUCGCCACGAGAUUGUCUCCUUGACUAAACGCACUAAAGACAUCCACAAGAAAUGCUCUCUUCAUGAGGAACCUUACAUCAUGUUUUCAACAGAGAAAAAAUCCAUGCUGUGCAUUAACUGUUUCCGGGACAUGCAGGUAGAAAGCCGAGCCCACUGCAUUGACAUUGAGACUGCGUACAUGCAAGGCUGCGAGAAGCUCGACCAGGCUGUGAUGGCUGUGAAAGAGCUCCAGACGUCCACGCGAGAGGCCAUUGUCCUCCUCAAAGCCAUGAUUGAGGAGGUGCGCAACAGUGCAGAUGAGGAGAAGACGUCCAUCAACUCGCUCUUCAGUAGCAUGCAGGAGAAACUAGCAGAAAGGAAAAAGAUGCUUCUGAAAGCCGUUCAGAGCCAGUAUGAAGAGAAGGAAAAGGCAUUUAAGGAGCAACUCUCCCACCUGGCCUCCCUGCUGCCCACCCUGCAGGUCCAUCUGGUCACCUGUUCUGCUUUUUUGAGCUCUGCGAACAAAGCCGAAUUCCUGGAUUUGGGAUACCAACUGAUGGAGAGGCUCCAGAAAAUAGUCAAACUUCCACAUCGGUUGAGACCUACGCAGACUAGCAAGAUAAACACCGAAUACAGGACGGAGUUUGCCCAUUGCUUGGAGCCACUGUUGCUGCUGAAUCCGCGCCGGUCUGUGGUGGUGAGCGGAGGUGGCAUUGGACCAGGGAUCAGCAAUGGAAACAUGCUCUCGGGUGGUCAGUGCUCCAAGACGCUGAUAGUGACAGGCUGUCCCCCUCCCUGCGAUAAGAUGUCCAUCACAGGCUCCAUAGUUCGAAAGCCAACCAUGCAUCGUUACAUCAGCACCAAGGUCCUGCUGGCCGAAGGAGGGGAGACGCCCUUCACUGAGCACUGUCGCAACUAUGAGAACAUGUACAGGACCCUGCAAACGGAGAUUCAGAACCUGAAGGAUCAGGUACAGGAGCUGCAUCGUGACCUCACAAAGCAUCACUCCCUCAUCAAGACAGAGAUCAUGAGUGAGAUCCUACAGAAGUCCCUCCAGAUGGACGUGCAGAUUGCCUCGGAGUAUUCGUCUGUGGAAAUGAGGCGGAGCACGUUUGAAGAGAUUUGGGAGGAAACAUAUCAGAGGGUGGCAAAUGAACAGGAAAUUUAUGAAGCACAGUUACAUGACCUGUUGCAGCUGAAACAGGAAAACAGCUACCUGACAACCAUCACCAAACAGAUUGCCCCCUACGUCCGCUCCAUAGCUAAGGUGAAGGAACGGCUGGAGCCCAGGAAUGACUUGACAAGAAGCAUGGAAGACAACAGGGAGCCCAAAGUCGACAACCGAAUGCUGAACAUUGUCACUGAGGAUCCCCUACUGAAAGACACUUACAGAACCAAACAGAAAGGUGGGACAGAGAGUCCCAGCCAGAAAGAUUUUGCAACUUAGGCAAGGCAGAAUGCCAAGAAGCCGCACGGCUUUGCAUUUCGUAUAUGCAAACAAAAGACUUAAAUAGGAGUUUCUCAAGUACAUUUAUGGUUGAGUCAGAUUGGUGUGUUACAGGGGAUCUAUCCAUUGAAAUAAAGACUUGACAAGAUGGGGAGGACCAGCAUUUCCAAAUUUAGUUUGAUGAAAUUGAGUCUUGAAAUGCAGACUAAGGCUUCACCAAUUCAGUGAAUCUAAAUACUGUUCUCAUUACAUUACCAGAUGGUUUUUACUCAGUUAUGGUCUGACUUCCCAGGCCAAUUUCUUUGGCUGUUUGUGUAUUUUCAACAAUGUUACACUGUAUUUUUCUGCAUCAAUAAAUUCAAACCUCUAUACAGCAGAGAAGUCCAGUAUCUCCUGAGUCAGAACUCUUUGGUGGGCCCCCAUCAGGUCAGAAACUUGUUAUUGGAAUUGGUCUCCUUUCUCCUUCACGUGAAAACUUUGAAAAAACAAAUAUUGAUAUAUUUCACACCUGAAAUCCCUUCUUAUCUCAGCUGCUCAAAGCGAACUGUAAACUCCUGAUGGUGAGCCUAGAAAAACGGAGUAUUAAUAAGCCUAAUUUUGACAUUGUGCUAUCAAUUUAUUUUAAAUGCAUGAAAACAGCUAGCUCUAUGUAAGUUUUAUUCCCUCUACCCCUACUCCCUGCCCCAAUGAAUACAAUUUAUUUAAAAGUCUAGCUUAGUAAACAAUGUAUUCUUUGUAAAAUGUGGAAUGUAGCUAUUUCCUCAAAAAGAAAGUCACCUUACAUAGCCUUGAAGCUGGGUUUUGGGGCAGUUUAUGGUUUUGGGGUGGUUAUUUUUGGGGAGGAAUUGUUUUUAACACUUCUGCACUUUAGUGUAAUGAGAUCAGUAGGACUUCCUUGAGUUUUUAUGCUGUAGACUGUUCAGAAGUCUUGUUUUUCAUAAAAGAUGUACACUGCUUUGUAUAUUAAAAAUCUGAAAAAAUAAAAUGUCAGUUGAUACUUCA